CUACUCUUUUACCCCAACUCCUUAUAAUAAGCUCUCUACUCCCCUCUCUCUCGCCCCGCUCCCCACGGCGCGGUGGUGGCGCGCCGGAGCCAUCGCCGGGGUCGUCCCCGGAGACGGGGGAGGAGGGAGCGAUCCGAUCCAAUGGGGCAGGGCCCGAGCUUCAGCCGAUCCAGCGACGAGCACGCCUUCUUCGGCGCGAUCCAAGCCGGGGACGCCGACGCCGUGCGCUCCGCCCUCCGCGCCGAUCCCGAGCUCCUCCGCCGCACCACCAUCUACGACCGCCUCUCCGCUCUCCACAUCGCCGCCGCAAACGGCCGCGUCGAGGUUCUAUCGUUGAUUUUGGAUGGAUCGCUUCAUCCUGAUGUGGUAAAUCGGCAUAAACAGACUCCUUUGAUGCUCGCGGCGAUGCACGGUGAGAUCGAUUGUUUGAGAAAGCUCCUCGAAUCAGGGGCAAAUAUCUUGAUGUUUGAUUCACUGCACGGAAGAACUUGUUUGCAUCAUGCGGCCCACUACGGCCAGUCGGAUUGCUUGCAAGCGAUUCUCUCGGCAGCGCGAUCCAGUCCUGUCGCAGGAUCUUGGGGAUUUGCCAGAUUUGUAAAUGUUAGAGACGAUAGCGGGGCGACACCUCUGCAUCUUGCAGCGAGGCAAGGGCGGCAUGAUUGCGUCCAUAUUCUAUUAGAAAAUGGGGCCAUCGUCUCUGCUCCUACCGGCACAUAUGGCUUUCCGGGCAGUACACCUCUGCAUUUGGCCGCUCGAGGAGGGUCUUUGGAUUGUGUUCGUCAGUUGCUCUCGUGGGGCGCUGAUCGGCUUCAAAGAGAUUCAGCAGGGAGAAUUCCGUACGAGGUCGCUCUGAAACGAUGUCAUGGAGCAUGCGCAGCUCUACUGAAUCCAUCAUCAGCAGAGCCUCUGGUUUGGCCUUCUCCACUGAAGUUCAUCAGUGAGCUUGAUCCUGAUGCAAAGGCUCUCUUGGAGGCAGCUCUAAUGGAGGCCAACAGGGAAAGGGAGAAGAAGAUCUUGAAGGGGACAAGAUAUUCCUUGCCAUCCCCUUCGCGUUCAGACGAUGGAGCCGAUGAUAGUAUCUCUGAGGCAAGUGACGCCGAGCUCUGCAGCAUCUGCUUUGAUCAGAUCUGCACCAUUUCAAUACUAGAAUGUGGGCACCAGAUGUGCGCGCCCUGCACGCUCGCCCUCUGCUGCCACACCAAGCCCAAUGCUACUACUACCACCGCCUCGUGCCCCCCCUCUCCGGCCUGCCCAUUCUGCCGCCGCGCCAUUUCGCGUCUUGCUGUUGUGGUGACAGUCGCCGCCACCAACAACGACGAAGAAAAGCUCAGCUCCCCAAAGCCGAGAAGCUCGAGCAGGGUUCGUAGCUUCGGCUGUGAAGGAAGCAGCAGCAGCAGCUUCAAAAGCCUUUCACUCGGAAAGCUUAGCCGCGGCGCAGGGUGGAGAGGAGCCGAUGAUGAGUUGGUGAUGGACAAGCCAUAGGGUCUAAAGCAGGUCGUUAAUAGAUAUGUCCAUAAUUUUGGGCAAUCUCAUUGGUUAAAUCUUUCCGUAAAAUGAAGACUAUGUUAUAAUCAUUAAAAGAGGGAGAUUCCCAGAUUGAGUAGUCCAGUGGCGGGUAAAGGACCAGAAGUUUAAGCGAAUGAUGCUGAAGCGACUUAGUAUAUUACCGUGGAUGCGGGAGCGAGAAAGAAGGUGAGGAGAACUGAUAUUGAAUCCCGGGUGUAACUUGUAAGAGGUAAUAUUGGUUAGAAUAUAUAUGUAGAGAGAGAGAGAGAGAGUGUUAACUCGGGACCCCUUGAUGCUUAUGGAAUAAGAAUCGAGAACUUCUGAUUUUAAAUGUAAUAAGUUUCUUAGGUAUUAUAGGGUCAUCCUCUGCUUCUAUUCAGUA